GGCCGCGGCGGAGCUGGAGAAAAGUUGUCCAGCGCGCAGCGCGAGCAGCCCGGCAGCACGGACCCGGGCGCGGACGCGGAGACGCAGCGGCCUGGUCGUGGCCCGGGCCGGGCAUGGGGAGGCCGGCGGGAGCUGCGGUCGGGCGGGGCAGCCCGGGACGGCGGCGGGCGGCGUGACGGCGGCAGGAUGCGCUCCGAGGGCGCGGCCCCCGGGCCCGCGGCGCCGCUGUGCGGGGCGCUGAGCCUGGUGUUGGGCGUGCUGCUGGGCAGAGUGAUUGAGGCCCGCGGGGUCCCGGACAGCGGAGCGCACAGGUUCUCCUCCUCACUGCCACCCUACUUGCCGGUGAGCUACAGUGUCCGGGGCGCGGACAGCGCCUUCUUCCUGCAGGAAAGGCAGCCUCAGGACACGCUGCGCAACGCCAGCCUGCAGACCAGGGUCUCGUCCUUCUUCACCUACAAGGCCAGGCAGCCCCCGGUGCUGAACGCCAGCUAUGGGCCGUACUGGGCCGAGAAAGUGGUGCCGCUGGAGCUCAUGCUGAGCGCCAGCCCCUUGGGCCCGAGCAGCCGGUUUACUUUGGGCUGGAAGCUGAAGGCCACAGUCCUGCGGGAGAAGAUCUACCCCAGCCGCCCCAAGGUGCAGGUCCUCUUCCACCUGGCCGGCCGGGACUGGGACGACGCGCGGCCCGCGGAGAGGCUGCCCUGCCUGCGCGUCUUCGCCUUCCAAGAGACCCGGGAGGUGCGGGGCAGCUGCCGGCUCGCCGGGGACCUGGGGCUGUGCGUGGCGGAGCUGGAGGUCCCCGCCGCGUGGUUCAGCCCCCCGACGGUGGUGGCCGGGAGGAGGAGGCCGGUGGAGCAGCCCGAGGGCAGCCCGGUGGAGCUGUAUUACUCAGUGCACCCUGCAGAUGCGCGCGGAGACUGCACCUCCUCGGGGGACCUCAGGACGGGCAAUGCCAUCCGCCCAGGGAAGGAGGACGCCCAGGGGCCAGCAUCACGCCUGCAGAGCCUGGGCCUGGUGCGGCUGCUCCAUGCCCAGGACAGUGUGCAGCUCAGGGAGCUGCGACUGGACCGCAAUGUGGUCAUCUGGCUGCCCUCGCGGCCGGCCAAGCAGGGGGACGUGGUCACGGCCUAUGUCACCGUCUCCAGCAACUCCACCGUGGAUCUCUUCGUGCUGAGAGCCAAGGUGAAGAAGGGGGUGAACAUCCUGAGUGCUCAGACCAGCGAGCCGCGGCAGUGGGACGUGAAGCAGGAGGUGAGCAAUGGAGGGAAACACGCCACCACCACGGUGGCCUGCCAGCGCCUCAGCCCGGGUGCACGCAACAGAAGCAGCAGCUCGUUCAGCGAGGUGGCGCAGAUGAACUUCGAGAUCGCCAGCUUCAGCAGCCUGUCGGGGACGCAGCCCAUCGCCUGGCAGGUGGAGUACCCGCGGAAGGGCGCCUCCGAGGUUGCCGUGUCGGAGAUCUUCAUCAGCCAGAAGGACCUGGUGGGCAUCGUGCCCCUCGCCAUGGACACCGAGAUCCUCAACACGGCUGUCCUCACGGGCAAGACGGUGGCCACGCCGGUGCGGGUGGUGUCGGUGGAGGAGAAUGGGGCGGUGAGCGACAUCUCGGAGCAGGUGGAGUGCACGUCUGCAGAGGAGGACGUCAUCAAGGUCUCUGGCCACUGUGACUACGUCUUUGUCAACGGCAAAGAGAUAAAGGGCCAGGUGGACGCGGUGGUGAACUUCACGUACCAGGACCUGAGCGCCCUGCUGAAGAUCACCGUGUGGGCACCGCGGCUGCCCCUGCAGAUCGACGUCUCCGACACAGAGCUCAGCCAGAUUAAGGGGUGGCGGGUGCCCAUUGUGGCCGGCAAGAGGCCCGCACAGGACAGCGAGGACGAGGAGGACGAGGAGCGGCGGGGCCGCGGCUGUGCGCUGCAGUUCCAGCGAGCCACCGUGCGCGUCCUGGCGCAGUUCGUGGCCGAGGCUGCCGGGCACUGGGCCCAGCCCAGACACCUGCUCGGCCCUGACUGGCAGUUCGACGUCACGCACCUGGUGGCCAACUUCAUGAAGCUGGAGGCGCCCCAUGUGGCCGUGCUGCAGGAGAACGGCGUCCUGGCCGGGAGGGAGGUUGGCAUGACGACCGUGCAGGUCCUCUCCCCGCUGUCCGACUCCAUCCUGGCGGAGAAAACGGUCACCGUGCUGGACGACAAGGUGUCGGUCACCGAGCUGGCUGUCCAGCUGGUGGCCGGGCUGUCAGUCGCCCUCCACCCCUACGUGGAGCACAGCCGGGCCAUCGCUGCCGUGGCCACAGCUGAGGAGCUGCUUCGCACCCCCAAACAGGAAGCCGUGAUCAGCACCUGGCUGCAGUUCAGCGACGGCUCGGUGACCCCCCUGGACAUCUACGACAGCAAGGACUUCUCCCUGGCCGCCACCUCCCUGGAUGAGGCUGUCGUGUCCACGCCCCCAUCACACUCUCCCUGGUGGCCCAUCGUGGUGGCUGAAGGGGAAGGCCAGGGCCCGCUAGUCCGCGUGGACCUGAGCAUUGCUGAGUCCUGCCAGAAAUCCAAGCGCAAAAGCGUGCUGGCCGUGGGCUUCGGCAACGUCAGGGUCAAGUUCGGACAGAGCGAUGCAGAUGCCAGCCCUACGGGGGACACUGACAGGGAGGAGGAGGAGGAGAUCGAGAACCACACCAGUGACCGCAGGCAGACGGGCCAGGAAGGUCGCCUGCAGAGUGGCUCGGCAGGGGAGCGAGAGGAAGGGGCGCUGGGGAGGGCCACGACCACGGCCAAGGCGCUGCUGGACAACAGGGUGGUGAAGAGCAGCCCGCUGAACGGGGCCCGGCCGCCCGGGGAGGAGCCGCUGCAGACCAUCCCCAUCGACUUUGCCAACUUCCCCGCACGCGUGGACCUCCCGAGGGCCAGCGCCGGGCUGCAGGACAGCGACCGCCUGGCGCCUGCGGUGCACGGCCUGAGUGACCUGGAGAUCGGCAUGUACGCCCUGCUGGGUGUCUUCUGCCUGGCCAUCCUCGUCUUCCUCAUCAACUGCGCCACGUUUGCCCUGAAGUUCCGGCAGAAGCGGGUGCCCCUGGAGGGCCAGGCCGCUGUGACCCACUCGCACGACUGGGUGUGGCUGGGUAAUGAUGCUGAGCUCCUGGAGAGUUCAGGGGACCCCACACCACCCCAGGACGAGCACACAACUGUCAUAGACCACGGCCCCGGGGGCUGCAAGGAGAGUGACCAGCUGCUCGUUGGCAGGGGCAGCGCCCAGCAGCAGGUGCUCGGCCAGGUGCACUGGGCGGUGGACAGGGGCCCCCAGCAGGAGCCGCCGCGCUCACCCGCCUCCAGGAGGAAGAGGGUCAAAUUCGCCACCUUCCCCGUCAUCCCCCCGGAUGGCAGCUGUGCCUCAGCCAGCUCCAUCCUGGGGGCCCAGUGAGUGGGGUGUGGAGACCUGGGCAUGGGCGUCCUAGAGAACUCAGAGACUGCCUGGGAAGGUUCCCCAGAAGGUGUGGACCCCAGCCGGGCCGGGUCGCGCACCGGCCUGGAUGUCACAGGUCCGGAAACCGGGAGGGGGUGCGGUGGCAUGGAGGGCUCCCGCAGUGGCGGUGGACAGUUUCCCAAGCCGCCUGCUCUGCUGUGGCCGGGCGGGAAUGCAAAGGCGACCUGCACAAGGCAGAAUCAGGAAGGCUAUUUUACGAAUCAGCACCUAAUACAGCUACCAAAAAUUAUCUGUUAAAAAAAAAAAAAAAAAAAAAAAAAAAACAGAAAAAGACCACAAAUGAUCUGCUUAUAUUUCUAUAAAGGACAACGUAUGACAGUAGGGACGGAGUAGAGACAUUUUCUGUUGGAGUUCGAGGCCGCUGUUCUGAGGACCCUGUGGCCGCUGACCCGGGGACCCUCCGGAUGCCCGAGGCCUCUCGGGGGGACCUAGAGAGACGCUUCCUGUCACCGGAUAAUCGCUUCUGUCCCCGUGUGGCCUCCCUGUGGCCUCGGCUUCCAUCUGGUUUACAUUUAAUGUUUAUUUCUGAGGACCAAGUGGUAUAUUUUUCCUAAAUGAGAUAUAAAUUAUAUUCUAUUCAUUAGAUGGUUUUUUAAGAAACAAUGCCGAUUAACCAUUCCGUUGUGAUCUUAAUGUUUUUCUAUGUCUUGCCAGCUUUUAUGGUAUGUGGCGGUUUUUUACAAGGACAGGGAGCAGCCCCACCCCCACCCCAGGGUCACGGUCAGGGUGGGGGGGCCCUUGCUGGACACGGCUGGCCGAUGGUGGCCCAGCUCGGCCUCCUGGACACACAGGGCUCCCUCCGUCCCCAGAGGAACCCAGGCAGGGCAUAGUCAACUCCAGGAGUGGCAGUGCCCAGGAGCAAGCCGGGUCAGAGGUGUUUUGGGGGGACCUAAGCAGUUUUGCAUACUCUGUGGGCUGCAAUGCUCCACCACAAGGGCAGAGACGAGUCCAGGUGAGACCGAGUUUGUGAGAGGUGCAACCUCGAGCAGCUUACAGCCGCUGGGCAGUGCUGUGGGGGUGGACAGAGAGAGACACAGGGACCCGGGGGUCCAGCAGGAGGGGCAGAGACGCCAGGGGUGGUCACUGUUUUUACCGUUUUUAUUACUAAAAUCGGUGGCUGAGAGAAGGUCCUCAGAGCCGUGUAAUCGUGGCUGGACCUUUUAAGCAGGUAUUUGUAGCACCUGCUCGAGACGCAAAGGAGGUAUUUAUUUACACCUGUGAUGCCUGUUGUCAUUAAAAUGCUUCCACGGCUCCCCA